GGGGGGAGCAUGGAUUAUCAUUUUCUCAGCAACGUGCGUUAAUAUAUGCACAUUGAAAGCAUGGCCGGGGACAGUGAAACACAUCCGAACGAACAAGUCGAGAAUGAUGAUGUUAUCCGAGAACCCUUCCUUAUCGGUGUGUCUGGAGGCACUGCCAGUGGAAAGUCGUCUGUGUGUGGGAAGAUCAUGGAGCUUCUUGGCCAGAACAAGAUUGACCACCAUCAGCGACAGGUAGUCAUCCUUAGUCAAGACAGUUUCUACAAAGAGCUGACUUCAGAACAGAAGGCCAAAGCACUCAAAGGACAGUUCAACUUUGACCACCCAGAUGCGUUUGACAAUGAGCUUGUCCUGAAGACACUGUGGCAGAUCAUAAAGGGAGAGACUGUACAGAUCCCUGUGUAUGACUUUGUCACCCAUUCCAGGAAAGAUGAAUUUGUGACGGUGUACCCAGCAGAUGUAGUUUUGUUUGAGGGCAUCCUCAUGUUCUACUCCCAGGAGAUCAGAGAUCUGUUCCAGAUGAAACUGUUUGUUGACACAGACGCUGACACGCGGCUCUCGCGCAGAGUGCUGAGGGACAUAGGUGAACGGGCCAGGGAUCUUGAGCAGGUUCUCACACAGUACAUCACGUUUGUCAAGCCUGCCUUUGAGGAAUUCUGUCUGCCAACCAAAAAGUAUGCUGAUGUGAUCAUUCCUCGAGGAGCUGAUAAUCAAGUGGCAAUAAACCUGAUCGUACAGCACAUCCAGGACAUUCUGAAUGGCGGGCUGACCAAGCGGCAUAAUGGUUGUAUGAAUGGGCACAACACUCCUGCCCGGCAACGACUGACUUCAGAGUCCAGCAGUCGCCCUCACUGACCCUUCCCUGAUCUUGCUCCUCUUUUGGAUGAGGCAUGUGUUCGCACCUGUAUAUAACGCCCAAUUGCUUCACGUAUUUAAGUGAAAGGUUACAUCCUGGUUCUACACGCGUUUAGCACAUUACUAGUAACAGGAAAGGGUGGAGAAUCGGGAUGCAGCCAAGAGAUGCAGGAGGAACUGCAAUGCCUUUAUUCUAUUUUUAUCACGACUGUUACUUAUUGUAACUAUUUGACAUGAUUUUGUUAUUAUUUUAGGUUUCAUGCUGCUUUUUGGCAGAAUGAUUAAAAGGGGGAUGUUUUUGGUGUUGUCUGAUGAAACUUGAAUUCAAACUCCAACUACAAACUGUGAUUCAAUUCAUAAUUUAAGAAGCAGUUUGGACUGCAAUAAAUAUAACAAUAUUGAAUU